AAUGUUUCAUCGUUAUUCAUUCGCUGUUACAAAUUUCGCGAAGACAUUCCUUUGAUAUCGAGCUCAAUUUUGAACUUGUCGAAAAACAUGUUUGCCAAAGAAACCGUUUGUAAGAUAUUCGCGCGAUUAUUAAUGCAGCGGCACAUUCUUCCACGAACACGCCGUACGUUCCACUUUACUUUCCUCUUACGUUUCGCCUUCCUCAAGCCCGCCUCUUGUUAAUUCAUGCUAGAUUGCUCAUCGACCGCUUGUUCGAAACGAUCGUUCGCCGAUGGAAUUUUACGCCGAGAUGAGAUGAAUAUUCCCGACGUGCUUGCCAUUUAUUCGAGAGAGGCUAAUUAUCGUACUGUUAAUUAACACGUAGAAAACUCGUGGAUCUUUUCGUUAAUCGGUCAUCGAGAACGAAAUCAUAUAAAUACAAUCGAGCCGCCUUGACGUAGAACGUCUUGGAAGCGUCGUCUAUGAAUGAAUCUAUUCUCCAGUCAAACUGCAAAGUCAAAUCGAGAAUACAAGGCAGAUUGCAACCGAAGAAUUCAAUCGGUUUGCUACAUCGCAUCGGAUUAACGAGUGUUUCAUAGUCGAUUGCCUCGCGCUCGGAAAACCCGUGGAGCGAAGAAUGUCGGUCACAUGUUGAUAUUUUUGGAGCGUUUUGCUGAUACAUCGGAAAAAGGCAUUUACGACUUUUGGACGCGUCGUUAUUUACGAUCUAAUUGAGCUAAUUAAAUCGGCAAGCGUAAACUUCCUCGCGAUAAUCGUUAAACAAUAGGCCAUUGUAAUGAUGAUUAUAAAUGUUAAUUUCUAUUAACGUGAUUAAUAGCCGAUAUAAUAUAUUUGCUAAAAACAAAGGAAGUAAUAUAGCACACUCUUUUAUAAUGCGAGAGAUAUAUACGGGCUUUACUGUAUUUAUAGAUAUAUUAAUUAUUUAUGAUUUAUCGACCCAUUCCUCUUCGGAGAUUUGCCCCAAAUCUAAUAGGAAAUAUAUCGACAGGUAUCCGGGAUUGCAGAAAUGUCAAAGAAGCCCAGCUGUAAGAUGCUGGUCCAUCAGGUGUCGGCCGUGUUGCCGGACGACAGGCCAAUAACUGCCAUUAGCGUUGUGGAAGAUGUAGAAAAGUGUCCGCCGAAUUUCACAGUGGUAUCGAGAACUUAUGACCAGGACACCGACGCCGAUUUAUGGAGAGAAAGCGGUCUGUUCAUCAAGAAGAAGGGUAGAUACAUCUGCUUCUCGAAAACCGAAGGUCCGCCCGGUUGUGUGGUCGAAGAUAUCGUGGUGAUUAACGAACGAGACACUCCGCCGGAAGGUUACAACAUGAUCUCGUAUACCGUGGAUUCGAGGCAGAAGGCCUGGCGGAAGAAACAAGUGUGCUAUAAAAUUAGAAAUAAGAACUCGUGCGCAAAAGCAGUAACGGAUAUCAUAAUAUGCAGUAGGAUAAUCCACAAGGAUUCCAAAUUGGCUCCUAUUGGAUUUUCCGCUGCCGGUGUUAUAAACGGUGUUCGCGUAUGCUAUAAGACAGUAGAUAUCGUAAACGCAAACUCGGACUCGCAAUCAUACGUUAAUAUAGACUUACUACAAAAUUCUUCCCCGAAUCCUUCGAACGGAUCUCCUCACAGACCAGCCCCCGAAAGGCCUCCGAAACCAAAGUUCUCGCCAAAACCACCAGCUAACGGGAUUUAUCCGCAAAUUGGUGGCGCAGCUAAUAAGGACAAUGACGAAUCCGGCGAUCGAGAUUACGAAGUUCUGAGUCUUAACGCGAGAAUCAGGCCCACGAGGCCGGCGCCUCAACCGCCCACGUCCGCCCUGCCCGCUGUCGGUUCGACGACCGUUUACGGCACACUUCCGGGUUCGUCCGAUCUCGAUGGAGUUCCAUUCGCACUUAAUCCUCGUCUUAUCAUUAAUCAUCCUGAUUCUGCAAGUAACAAACUUCCUGUUAUCAAAGUGUGGACACAAAGGGAUUUGGACAGAGAGUUCUUCUACGACUUCCGUGCGGAGAGGGAGACUUGAAGAACACGAUGUUUGUACCAAAACUAACUCUGCGAGUUUUCGUGAGCGAGCCCUUCCUGCCGUUAUAUUCGUACAUGUUUGUAUCCGAUACAAUAUUAGCCAAACAAGCGCAAAUGGAGUGCCUGAACGAAUGAUUUAUACAUAGACGAACGCGCGAGAGAAUAAAAACCGCACGACGCUUAAAAAAUUGGGGAUUGUGUACUGCUCUUAAGAAGGAAUAAGAUAAAACUUACUCGAUGUACGCGUUUCUUCUUCUCACGCCCCACGUUUAAAUUUUGAUACCGGUGAUAGCGUUGUCAUAUUUUUAUAAACUUGCGUUAUCUUUUAGAUAGAUAGUAGAGAUUAUAUAUGUAAAAAAUAUAUGUACACACGCGCAAGAAAUUUAUAUUAUAAUUAGAGAUCUUUUAUGUAUCUCACAAAUAUCGCAUAUCGCUUCUAAACUAUUGUGCGCACGAAUAAAUGCAUAACUUUAUUGACAGUGGCAGCGCGUUUUCGCCGCAUAUUUAGUGCUGAAUACGGCGAUACAAAACGUAAGUGCGUGGCGAGAGUGCGCACUACGAAAGCCAUUUAAUUUAAUUUCCUCCUCUCAUCUUUUUUGACGCGAUAUAUGUAUAUUAUUUUUUAUACGGAAGUUCGAAUGUUUAUCCUGCAUUUUUUUUCAUCAAACUUCGCUUUUCCCACUUUCCCUUUUUUAUGUUAAUAAAAUAUAUAUUACAAUAUUUUUUCUUUAUAUACUCACGUUUGUAUUUAUAUAAUUUCAUCUAAAAGCAUAUAUGUUUGUGUAUUGAAGAAAAAAUCAUGUCUUCGAUGUCGACGAAACGCGACGUUAGAUCCUAUUCUUCCAAUUGAAACCUUUCAUCGUUCUAUUCUUCCAUAUUAAAUUCGUACCUUACGGUAAGAUUCCUCUCGAACAUCACAUGUGUACGCGAAUGUAAUUUAAGAUAGAGAGAUAAUAUCCGUGUAUGUUAAACAAUAGUUUUAAUAAAAGAUGACGUAGGUGAGAAGUAAACAACCAAA